AACACCAAAAAAUAAAAAAAGUGGCCAACAAAGCGAAUAACAAUAAUCUUCUGAAUUUUCUAAAUUAGAUUCCCAUGUUUCUCACAUUGGUCAACAUACACAUAUACUCUACCAGACAAUAAAAACAUGACUGUCUUUCUUUAGCUGUUCCACUAACUCAAAAAGAAUUCUCACCAUCUUUGCUUUUCUUGUUUUGGAUUGUUAUAGAUCUAAGAAGAAGAAAAGAUGAUUCAAGAACUCUUAGGAGGUGCUGGCUUAAUUAGCGGAGAGAGGAAAAUUCCCAUCAAUGCGACCAUUUUAGAUCAAGGCGCUCCUUCACCAUCUCCUUCAUCUUCCACAACGACGACUACUUCAGCUACUAAUUCAACACCUUCGGCGCAAGAAAAAUUGAGAUGCCCUCGAUGCGAUUCUUCAAACACCAAGUUCUGUUACUAUAACAACUAUAACCUCACUCAGCCUCGCCACUUCUGCAAGACUUGUCGCCGGUAUUGGACUAAAGGUGGUGCGCUUAGAAACGUUCCAAUUGGAGGUGGAUGUAGAAAAAACAAGAACACAAGCGUAUCGGCCUCUGUUGGAAAAUCUGGCACAAGUAAGAUAAAAACUAUAGCAUCUGAGAUUGGAAGAUCAGGUUUUGGAAAUGGGUUUGACUACGAGCUUUCAUCAAGCCCCAUCAUGCGGGCUUCACCACAGAAUUCUCAUAUUUUUGCUUUACUUAGAGCCACCCAAAACCCUAACCCUAGUACACCAUGUAAUUCUAUUUCUGUGAAGCAGGAGGGGUUUUUGAUUGGAAAGCAUAUGAUAAGUGAGCCAGCAGUUGAAACAGCUGCUUUGAAUGCUAGAAUCCUAGGCUUGGACCCUAUUAGUCAAGUUUCUUCUCUUGGUCUUUGCAGCCCUUCUUGGAAAAGCAAUCAGCACCAACAAAAUCGCUACACUGUUGGUGAAGCUCAAAACUCGGGGAUACAAGAACUGUAUCAAAGGCUUAGAUCAUCAACAAAUUACUAUACUGAUAACCCAUCAGCAAUAGUUCUAAGCAAUGUGACCACUUCAUCAUCAACCUCAACUUCAACUUCUUCAACCAUUUUGGAGUCUGCUCCAGUUGCUGGAGGUGAAUUCAGUUACUGGAAUCAAGCUUUUUCAUGGUCUGGUCUUCCAACAACUAAUGGUGCAUAUCCUUAAGAACACUUUUUAUCUUUUAGAUCUCCUUUGUUGUUUGGGGUGUGGUAUAAGAAUAUGGUCGUAAAAUCAGUAUUUCCUUUCCCUUUCUUUUAUUGUUCCCGAUUAUCUGUGUUUUGAAGUUUGUUUAACUUGUGAGGAUGUACCGAGGACCAACAAGUAGUGAAAAUAUAAAUAUCAAUAAUUGGCUUUA